GCAGGAAGAAGAUAUCAUUCUGGUUUCUGCUUUCGCUAGAACAUCAUAAACACAAACAUGUCUGCUAAAGCUAUACUUGUCGCUUGCGCAUCCGCUCUCUUAGUCCAGAGCGCUCUUAGCGCGUGUUUUGGACGCCUUGGCGCUGAAAUCGGUCCUUACGCCACCGGCUGGGGCUACGACGGCCUAGCUUAUGAUGGAUUUGGUUACGGAGGAUUCGGUUGCGGUGGUCUCGGCUACGAUGGAUUCGGUUACGGUGGAUUGGGCUACGGUCGCUUCGGCGCUAUCGCUCCAGCUGCUGACAUCGCUGUCGCCAGCGGCCUUGGAGCUGCCUAUGGUGGUGGUCUCGGCGUCUCCAGUGCUUCUGCUAUCCCCCCAGCCGGUCUUGCCGUAGCCUCUGAGAACGUAUACGAGGGUCCCGUUGCCGUCGCCGGUAACCUGCCUUUCCUGGGUACUGUGGCUGUUGACGGUGUAUUCCCCACCGCCGGUGCUGGUGCCGUCUCUUACGGUUGUGGUGAUGGUGCUGUCGGCAUCACUGCUGAGGGCCCCAUGGGUGCCGCUGUCGGUCCCGCCUAUGGAUACGGUGGUCUGGGUGGAUUCGGUGUCGGAGGUUACGGACUCGGACUCGGCUACGCCGGUAUUGGCGCUCGCGGCUGCGGUUGCGGUUAUGGUGCUUGGUACUGAAACUCUGCCCUGUUUGGUUAAACCAAGAAAAUAUGACCUGGCAUUUUGAAAAAUAAACUAGAAGAACAAA